AUGCCAUCUGAUCCAGUCGGCGUGGCCAUAGUAACAGGGGGCUCUUCAGGCAUUGGCCUAGCCUUGACCAACCACCUGGCCACGAAGAAUUGGCAUGUUUUCAUACUGGACAUCCAAGCCCCAAUCGCCCCGACUCCAACCGAGUCCACCACAUUCCUGCAGACAGACAUCUCAGACUGGGACCAGCUCGCUUCCGCCUUCCAAACCGCCUACGCGCGCUUCUCCCGCCUGCACUUCGUCGCGCUGAACGCGGGCAUCGAUGACCGCGAUGACAUCUUCGGGAGCAUCUCAGGCGACGCGGCGCGCCCGCCGCGGCGGCCAAACAUGCUGACCUUUGCCGUGAACCUGUAUGGCCCGUACUACGGCCUGAAGCUCGCGGCGCACUACAUGAGCCUGGCACAGGUGGACAGCCCUGGGAGGCCGGCAGCGCAGCAGCCUCCCGGCGGGGGCAAGGUCGUCAUCACGUCGUCGGUCGCCGGGUUCCGCGCUCACCCGCCGAACCCGCAGUACAGCUCUUCCAAGUACGGCCUGCUGGGGCUCUCGCGGGCCGUGGCGCCUGCGGCCGCGCGGGCGGGCAUCCGUGUCAACUGCGUCUGCCCUGCGGUCGUGGCGACGGGGCUCGCGCCGCCUGGGCUGAUGCAGGCUUUCCCCGAGUCGAUCGUCACGCCCAUGGCGACGAUGAUGAGGGCAUUUGACGAGCUUGGCGAGUUUGACAGGCUCGCCAGGGAUGGCAGGGAGAAAUGGGCCAGUUCAGGCCCCAACGGCGCUGUUGUGGAAGCAAAUCUGCAGGACCUUAUCUACAGGGAAGAGCCGAAGAUGGACGGUGACUCGAGUGUUGACCCGGGAAUCGCUGAGGCUUGGAGAACUGUGUACGAAGGAAGAAACAAGCGAUUCGCGGCCAUGAAUCAGGGUGGUUGA